ACGCAAUAGCUCCAGACGCAAUCAUUGGACGAGGAAGGGAGGGGGACGUACGCUGACGCAGGGCACGUCAGCCUGUAACAAUUGCUUUUCUGUGGAACCCGGGGAGAACAUGUCGACGUCGGAACUGGCAGUCGAGGUGGCUCUCAAAGGGCACGGACCGUCCGAGGAUAAGGACGAGGAAGCCGAAUCGGAUGCGAGACGUGAUCCUAACCAAGCAGAUGCAGACGAGCCGUCCGGUGGCACAGUGACAGUUCCCCGGGAGGCGGAGCCUAUGGGGGGCAUGAUGUCACUGCUGAAGGAGGGGAAGAGUGGCGAGGACGAGGAAAACGCGCCUAAAACCGCUAGCGCUAGCGCUAAAGGCCUCAGCGCUAAAGGCCUCAGCGGCCAUGCCACAAAGACCCUCCCUGCCUCAGCCCCGUCUGCUUCAUCUGCCUCCUCUUCCUCUUCUGUGGGCAGAGCUAAAAUGAGCGUUUCGGGUCCUGGAAGCAAACCUUUCCCCCCUUCUUCCUCUUCCUCCUCCUCCACCCCUCCCCCGACAGCGGCCCCCCCGCAGCCUAAAAUCCACCGUGCCCGCAAAACCAUGAACAGACCCCCUCCAACGCAGGUGAGAUGUUUAGAGUCACCUAUCGUGCCAGUUCAGCCCACGGAAUCCUUUACCUGCCCCCCACUGGACAGCAGUGCAGCUGCUGCAGCCAAGAGGAGAAAGGUGGGGUCUGACUCCAUAGCACCCCCUGUGGGGAACACGGAGAACUGCACUGUAGCUGAUAAAGAGCAGCCCGUCAAAGAAACUCCCCGGGCAGAGAGGGCGGGGCCAGCGCCUGAGCGGCACUCUGAUUGGAUGGAGGACUGGGAGGAGGAUGUGGGCGAGGAGGACUUCCGGCUCUUCUACAACGACUAUGCAGCCGACGGGAGAGGGGACUCCGAUAGCAAGUCUGGUGAUGGAGGGAUGGAGGAACAAGCCAGUGAAGGGGAAGGAGAGUCUGGGAAUCUGUCUGAGCGAAGCUCCGGCUCUGACCAGCAGGUUGGGGGAGGAGCCAAGCAGAAGGGGAGGAGUGAGUCGCCAUGGAUACAGCCGGGGCGGAGGAGGAGGCGGAGAGAGAGGGGGAGGGAAGCAGAGAUGGAAAUGGAGGGAGCAGUGUCGGAGCCGGUGGUGGUGGAGGGCGGGUCCAGUGAAUACACGGCAGUUCCUCUGGGCUCCCUGAACAUCGCUGCUGCAGACAGCCUCACUCUCUCCCCCCAGCACGGGGACAGUGAGAGUGGGGAGAUGGAGCGGCUGGAGGAGCUCCCACUCUGCAGCUGCCGGAUGGAGGCGCCUCGUGUGGACGGGCUGAGCGGCCCCGGCAACCGGCUCUGCAUGGCAACCGAGAGCGUCAACGGAGAGCUGGUGGGCUGUACCAACACCAUCGUGAAGGGGGAGACGAUGCGGCCGUCCAGCCGCGUGUCUCUCAUGGUGCUGUGUGAGAGCCAUCGCUCCCACAUGGUCAAACACCACUGCUGCCCGGGCUGCGGCUUCUUCUGCAUCACGGGCUCGUUCCUGGAGUGCUGUCCUGACCUGCGUAUCGCACACCGCUUCCGCGGCUGUGUGUCUGUCCUGGGGGGCGGCGGGGGGCGGGACCGCGGGCGGGGCCUGGGCGGCGGCCUGCUCUUCUGCCCCCACUGCGGCGAGGACGCCUCGGAGGCCCAGGAGGUCACCGUGCCGACCGUCUCCGCGGCGACCGUCGUCACGGCGUCCGCCUCCACCACCACCCCCUCCCUGCCCCCGCCCACCCCGGCCCCCCGGGAGAAGAGGCUCGUCGGGCCCCAGCAGGUGAGGGAGGAGAGGGGCCCUCUCUCUCUCUCUCUCAGUGCCCGUAUGCAGGGUCGUAGGGGAGGUGCGGGGGUGUGUGGAGCGCAGGCCCCGGGUUCGGGGGGGUCAGGGGGCGUGGAGGAUGUGGCCCCCCCAGGUGAGGGGGGCGUGGACAGUGUGGGCCCCUCCCUCUGCCUGCCCAAUGAGCCGGUGUGCCCGAGUGCCGUGCCUCCUGGGUCCAGCAGGGCGGCGCUGCAGAAGGCCAUUCUCACCCAGGACACCGAGAGGAGGAAGAAGUUGAGGUUCCACCCCCGCCAGCUCUACCCCGCCGCCAAACAAGGCGAGGUGCAGCGUGUCCUGCUCAUGCUCAUGGAGGGCAUUGACCCCCGCCUACAGGCCGACUCCCAGAAUCGCCGCUGUGCUCUCCACGCAGCUGCCCAGAGAGGCCUGCUGGAGGUCUGUUACCUGCUCAUACAGGCAGGCGCUAAAGUUGACGCCCAAGACAAGACCUUGAGGACCCCUCUGCUGGAAGCUAUUGUCCACAACCACAUAGAGGUGGUGCGAUACCUGAUACAGAGUGGGGCCUGUGUCUACCAAACCGAGGAGGACGGCUCCACAGGCCUACAUCACGCUGCUAAACUCGGCAACCUGGAGAUCGUCACUCUGCUGCUGGGGACGGGCCAGGUGGACAUUAACGCCCAGGACAGUGGGGGCUGGACACCCAUAAUCUGGGCGGCGGAGCACAAACACCUCCCUGUGAUCCGCGCGCUGCUCCACCGGGGGGCUGACGUCACUCUGAAGGACAAGGAGAUGAACGUGUGUCUGCACUGGGCCUCAUUCGCAGGCUGUGUGGAGAUCGCUGAGCUGGUGCUGAAUGCCGGCUGCCCUCUGACCUCUGUGAACCUGCACGGGGACACGCCCCUCCACAUCGCCUCCCGAGAGAGCUACCUGGACUGUGUCACGCUGUUCCUGUCUCGGGGGGCAGACAUCGACAUCAUGAACCGGGAAGGGGACACGCCCCUCUCCCUGGCGCGAUGUGAUUCGCCAGUCUGGGUGUCACUCCAGAUCAACAGGAAGCUGCGGAGGGGGAUAGCCAAUCGGGUCGUCCGUACGGAGAGGAUCAUCUGCAGUGAUGUGGCACAGGGGUAUGAGAACGUGCCGAUUCCCUGUGUGAACGGCGUGGAUGAGGAAGGCUGCCCCUCCGACUACAAGUACAUCUCAGAGAACUGCGAGACCUCAGCCAUGAACAUCGACCGCAACAUCACACACCUACAGCACUGCAGUUGCACAGAUGACUGCUCCUCCAGUAACUGCCUGUGUGGCCAGCUCAGCAUCCGCUGCUGGUAUGACAAGGACCGGCGGUUGCUGCAGGAGUUUAAUAAGAUUGAGCCGCCGUUGAUCUUCGAGUGCAACCUGGCCUGCUCCUGCUACCGCUCCUGCAAGAACAGGGUGGUGCAGGCCGGCAUCAAGGUGCGGCUGCAGCUCUAUCGCACAGAGAAGAUGGGUUGCGUGCGGGCGCUGCAGGACAUCCCCCAGGGCAGCUUCAUCUGCGAGUACGUGGGGGAGCUGAUUUCAGAUGCGGAGGCUGAUGUGAGAGAGGACGACUCCUACCUUUUUGACCUGGACAACAAGGACGGUGAGGUGUACUGCAUCGACGCCCGUUACUACGGCAACAUCAGCCGCUUCAUCAACCACCUGUGCGACCCGAACAUCAUCCCUGUGCGUGUGUUCAUGCUGCACCAGGACCUGCGCUUCCCCCGCAUCGCCUUCUUCAGCUCACGGGACAUCCUGAUGGGCCAGGAGCUGGGGUUUGACUACGGUGACCGUUUCUGGGACAUCAAGAGCAAGUAUUUCACCUGUCAGUGUGGCUCAGAGAAGUGCAAGCAUUCUGCAGAGGCCAUCGCCCUGGAGCAGAGCAGGCUGGCACGGCUGGAGGCCUGCCCGGAAUCUUUACCCGAACCUGGGCUGGCCGUGCUGGGAAACUCCUAGGUUUCUGCCUUUCCCAGGCCCAAGUCUGGUGGUUCCUUCUUGGCCUCAUCCAGUGUGUGUGUGUGUGUGUGUGUGUGUGUGUGUGUGUGUUUGUAUGUGUGUAUGUUUGUUGAAUGUGUCUUGUCUGUCAGCAGACUUUUUUUUAUUUUAUUUUUAUGUUUUUUAAUUUUCUUGUUUUGGGCAGAACGAUCCUGGAAUGAGAGGAAGUUUAGCCUGUUACGACGCAAAAAAAGGGCCUGCCCGUUUGUGCGAUCUUCGUUCCCAAGUUACGGUAUUUUCACUGUACUGUGUGCUGCUCCAGAUGCUGUAUGAUUCUGCAGUCCUACCGUCAUCUCUGCCUCUUAAAGGAUUAUUUGACUUGGUACCCAUUUUAUUAGCAUGGGGUGAAUUCCAGCUGUCCAUGCCGAAGGUCAACAGUGCGGCUUUAUGUCCCGUUUGCUUCCAAUUCACUCUUAAUUUAUUUUUGAGACCUGCCCGAAAGUAAUAGUUUUAAAGCGCACACUAACUACGGGGGGUAGUAGAUCGAUAAAAGAGAGUACUGGCGUGAAAUGUCCCGUGUCCUUUUUGUCAAAAGUUCUGUUAUUUUAACUACAAUGUAUUCUUGCACACGAUAACACACUCACAUGGGCGCAUGCAUUGAAACGGCUUGCUGUAUUUCUCACUGCAGCUAACCAAAACCUGAAACCAGAUCAUCAGUCCAGAAAUGCAGACUGUUUCACGUCAGUGCUAUCUUUUGCACUAUUUCAGUGAGGUCCCAAACAUGAAUGGGAGUGAAUUGGGAGCUGGACAAAUGGGAACGUGAUGUGGUUCAGAGUCAGCAGGGCCAGCUGAUGUUGCUAAUAUUCACUCCACGCAAAUUUAAUGUGGUAAUCUCUACAAAUGUACUUGUGUCAUACCAAAGUGAAAUAUCCCUUUAACUGCGGAAGUUUUGGUCGGAAAUGGGAGUCACGGAAUGCUAUGACAUGGUACGGAAUUCCCAUUGCCCGGGGGGACCUGACGGACCUGACUGACCUGUUGGACCUGCGACUCCACAGGGUCAUUUUGGCACAGGUUGAUGACAUCAUCCUGUCCUGUGGCCUACGCUAAACGCUGUUGUACGUAUCAGGCUGUGCUGCAGUGAGGCGACCCUUUUUAAACACCGAACCAUAGCAUGACAUACCAUCUGGCACUGCACCCUGUGUUAGAAGGCUAGCUGUGCUAGAAGGCUUGCCUUUUUAUUUUCACAAGACGUAGGAAUUGUAGAUACUCGCAGAGUAUACAGUUGAUGAUUUUAAGGUCAUUUGCUUUGUUCUUUUUUUUUUUUUUUUUUUACCGAAAUCCAAAAAAAAAAAAAAAUGCCUUAAUCGUACUGUUAUUAAAGAUAAAAACUCAAUAAAAAUGAAGAAAAAUGUUGAA